UAUAUAUAUAUAGUUUUACUUCCUAGUUAAAGUUUCACCCACUUUGGUAAAGUUUCAAACUUCCUGUUAUUUUUUUGGCUAUUAUUGAAGAGUGUGUUAUUUUUACGAACUUUAAAAAGACCUAAGGUAGAUACAUUGAUCUACACAUAAGAAGCUACUGAGAGAGUUUUUGAGAAGUAGACGUUAAGGACACAACAGAUUACAGAUGCCCAAGCUGAAAUUUUGUGAUUGAUUCUAAAAGGUUGUAACAAAGAAUUACUUAUGUGAACUGAUAACAAUGGGAGCUUGUUGUUCGAAAAACACAGAGGAUAAGCCUGUUGAAUUUAGUGAUUUAUCAAAUAAAAAUGGAACUGACGAAUCACAGAAAAAGGAGAAUAAACGCUAUACACAGGACCCAACAAUACCAAAGAAUAUUUCUGCUUCCAAUGAACAGUCAUCUGGUGCAGCUUCAGAUGAUAAAGCAGCAAACAAAGGAACAUUAAGAGCUUUAUAUGACUAUGAUGCAAGGGCAGAAGAUGACUUGUCAUUCAAGAAAGGGGAUCUGCUGUUCCUGCUGGAUGAAAACGAUGCUGAUUGGUGGUUUGCUCGACAUUCAGAUCCUCGAUACACUAACAAUAAAAAUGAAGGAUAUGUCCCAAGGAAUUACGUAGCUAAAGAGGAUUCACUCUAUGCAUAUGAGUGGUUUAUGGGAUCCUUCUCAAGAAAAGAAACAGAGAGAUUAUUACUGAGUAGAGAAAACAAUGCUGGAUCAUACCUUAUUAGAGAAAGUGAAACAAGUCCAGGUAACUUUGUAUUAUCUGUACGUGACAAUGAUGAAGUUAAAGGACCAACUGUUAAACAUUACAAGAUCCGUAACAUGGAUAAUAACGGAGGAUUUUACAUAGCAGCAAGAAGAGUAAUGAGCUCACUACCAGAGCUGGUAAAUCAUUAUUCACAAGGUCCAGAUGGUCUGUGUCGUCAGCUAAUUGAACCGUGUCAGAAACCAAAGCCAGUUAUGGAUGAUUUGUCAAGAGAUACCAAAGAUGCGUGGGAAAUCUCAAGAGAUGCUUUAACAAUGGAUAUCAAACUUGGUGCUGGACAGUUUGGUGAAGUGUGGAGAGGUACUUGGAACAAGACCACGCCAGUAGCUAUAAAAACAUUAAAACCAGGAACAAUGUCUACAGAAGCUUUCUUAGCUGAAGCAUUCAUCAUGAAGCAAUGUAAACAUGAUAAGUUAGUAAGACUAUAUGCUGUUUGUUCUGAUGGUGAACCUAUAUAUAUUGUAACAGAAUUAAUGUCAAAGGGCAGUCUAUUGGACCAUCUACGUUCAGAUGAAGGACAACAGUUGAAAUUCCCACAGUUAGUUGAUGUUGCUGCACAGAUUGCAAGUGGAAUGGGUUUCUUAGAGGCCAAGAAGUUUAUUCACAGAGAUUUAGCUGCUAGAAACAUUUUGAUUGGUGAUAAUAAUGUAGCUAAAGUAGCUGAUUUUGGAUUGGCCAAGAUCAUUGAAGAUGAUGAAUAUAACCCAAAACAUGGUUCCAAAUUCCCAAUAAAAUGGACAGCACCAGAAGCAGCAUUAUAUGGAAAGUUUACCAUCAAAUCAGAUAUAUGGUCUUAUGGUAUUUUGCUGGUAGAACUUGUCACUCAUGGACAAAUACCAUAUCCUGGUAUGCAAAACCGAGAAGUAUUAGAACAGAUCGAGAGAGGAUACAGACAAUCGAAGCCAAACAAGUGUCCCGAGUCUAUGUAUGACAUUAUGAAGAAAUGUUGGGACAAAGUUCCAGCUAACAGACCAACAUUUGAAUACUUGUUUAAUUUCUUUGAUGACUAUUUUGUAUCAGCAGAACCCAACUACAAAGAAACCGAUGAUUAUUAGAGAUGUUAACAUUGUUUUUACUGUUUCAGUGAAAUUGGAGAAAAAAGCCAGUUAUUAACAGUAUAUAGAACAUUCAAAUAAUGUGACUUAUAAGUAGCAUAACUGUUAUCUGACAUUUAUUCUAUACAAGUUUUAUUAGUCCCACAUCAUAACUGAAAAGCUAAAAAUAAAACUACUAUGAUACAUUAGAAUAUUCUAAAGAGUUUGUUUUUGCAGUUUAAUUCUGCAUAUUUCAGUAAUAUUCUAUAUCUUAAAUAUGUAAAUAAAUACUUUUGCAGUGCAUCUUAAGUGCUAUAGAACUGUGUCAAAGAUACAAUAGAAAUUAUUCAAGUAUUCACAUGAUUUAUUCCUGAUGUGUUUAGAGUGGUCUUGAAUGACUGCUUUCCAUAGGAUUAUUGAUGACUGAACAACAAAUCUACCCAUUUCCUCUAUAUAUUUAAAAUCUACUAUUGAACACAUUGUGUUUAAUACUGGAUAUCCUGUUAAGAUUAUAAGAAUUGCAGGUUCAAUUCUGACAGCUAACAAAUUAUAACAAAUCAAACAAAAACAGUUAAAUUGAUUUUUUUUUUAAAUGAUAUAUCUUAAAUUCAUUAAAUUAUGUUUGUAUUUAAACUGUGAUGUUUUUUUUUUAUCUAUGCAACGAAUAAAGUAUUUGCUUCUGGAAAGUAAAAUGUUUAAUUUUGACAUGAAUAUUCAUCUCAUUAAUCAUCCCUUUAUGUUUUAUAUCAUGAUUUUUUUUUAAUGUUCCAAUAACCACAUUUUUUUUUAUAUUUUUCUACAAAAUAUGAAUAAAAAAAUAAUUUGAAUAAUUUGAUCUUGGACCAAUUUAUCAAACAUUCCUGUAUCUAUUUAAAAUUUUAUUUACUGAUAGGAGAGGGUGAAACUUCACAAUACAAGAAGACCUCACUAUCACAUUAAGACCAGGAACAUCAAUAAAAGCUUUAGGUUUUGUUAAGUGUGUGUAUGGAUGUGGGAUUUUACAAGUGGUUAAGGCAAAAACCAAAUAUUCUGAAAUAAACAAAUGUUUGAAAAUUUGUACUAUUCAUUGAUUAAUUUGAACUACAAAAUUCAAUCUUUCUCAAGAUUAACUUCAGUUUUCACACAUGAAUGUAUAUAAAACAGUUUGUAGAUUAUUACAAGAUUUUUAUUACAUUUUCUAUAUAUUUAUAUAAGAGAUAUAAAAGAUUUAUAUAUAUACAUAUGUAAAGAUUUUUACUUUGUACAAAAGAAAAGAACAAAAAUAUUUUUAUUGAAUUAUUCAUAUUGUUAUAACUGAGAAUUAUAUUUCUAUAUACCAUGCACAUUUUCAUUUUAUAUAGACAUGAAGUUUUUUUUCAGUUUUUGAUGUAAAACAUUUGUAUAAAAUAUAUUUUGUAUGAGAUUUAAAAUUUAGAAUAUCAUACAAUUAUAAAUUCACAAAAUGUGCCUUGCCAUUGUUGUUUAAAUGUUCAGACUUAUUGAAAUGUAACCAGAAUUCUCUCCAAAAGAUAAUUUUUAUGAGAAGUAUAUUUUACUUCCUACAAUUAGUGAUUUAUUAUAUUUCAUAAAAAAACUAUGAUUGAUUUUUAAUCUUCUUUGUUCAAUUCUAGAACUAUCUAAUUAACAGUAGUUAUAUCUAAGAUUUUUGUCCUUUGAUAAUUAAGUUUUCAUAUUUUUUUUUUAACCAUUCAUUUUAAUAUUAAAACAGACUAACUUGAAAAUAAAAAGUUGUUAGAAUACACUUGAUUCCAAUCUUUAUCUUUCCGUCAAAAUGUUUGGUUUUAGGUGACGUUAUUUGUGCGUUUGUUGGGCAUAAAAUCUACGUCAGUAUGUUGAGCUAAGGGAUGAAUAUUCUAAUGGGGAUAACUUCCUUAUGACUGCUUCAAUAACUGUUUUUAAAUGAUAAAAUUAAUAUAUUUCUUUAGGCAGGGUUGGAUUAUGUGCAUAAGAAUAAAGACAGGUGUUUGAAAAAUGUCAAGCAGUCACAAUUUCUUUAUCAGUUCAAGGAUGCAGGGAUCCAGUUAGCCCAUAAAAUGUUUAAAUGACGUGAGAAAGCAGCAUAUAGUAAAAGAGUAUUUCUGGUAAUGGCAAUGAUAUGGAUCAAACAUAUUGUAUUGUCUUUUUAGUUUUACAAUAAUGUGGACAAAAAAAUAGCCAAAUAUUUGAAUAAACAUCAAAUGUGUUUUAUAACAUCUUCUUCAAUUUGUCUUUUCAUAUGUGAUUACAAACCAAUCGCUACAAAAUCUGAUUCAUUUUCAUUCUGCACUUAAAACCAUAAUCAAAUUGCUUUUAAAGAGAUCAUGAUUAUAUGUAAAUUAUGCUAACUGCAUGAGGUUUGACUUAUGACUAUGAAGUUGAUGGUUUAAUGAGGGUCCAUCAUAGAUCUUAGACUAAAAUUCAGUUUAUAAAAGGUAUAAUCUUAUUACAUUGUAAGCUGAAAAGUAUUGAAAAUAUGUAAAUAAUAAUUAUGAAUUUAUUGAUUGUAUAUUCCAUCCGUUUUUUUCAUAAUGAAAUUCUUUUGUAGCUUUGUUUAUAACAGGACCAAUAAAUGAAUUAACUUUCAAAAUUUUCCCUUACUUAUUUCAUUUGCAUUAAUCAUAGUACAUGAAGGGAAUAAGAUUGAAGUUACUUUCAUCUUGCAACUGCAGAAUUGUAUUAUCAAUACGCAAAUGAUUGGGAUGAUUUUGAAAAACAAUUUUUUUUAUGUUUUGUUGAAAACUUUAAAUUUACAUGAUGGAAUUAUUGGAAAUUGUUUGCCACACAUUUGACCAAAACUAACUUGUGAUCUGAAGAUGAGUUAAGAUAAUACAGCUAACUUUAUUUCUGAAAAUAGAAAUUUAUUCAGAAAAGAUCAAGUUAGGUGACAAAAUAUGUUUACUGAGUGCAAGAUAUUACUAUGGCACUUUUUUCUGCUCUUGAUUUAAUUUGGUGUCAAAUCAGAUAUACAUUUUCUGUAAAAAAAAGUACUAUAAUUAUCGAAGGAUUUUCUAGGAUAUUGUUUUAAACCCAAAUUCCUUUAUGGUUUUUGUGCUGAUUGGAAAUCUAAGAUAGUAACCAAUGUGUGAUAAAAUUACCAAAAAAUGUAAAAAUUAAGAUAAAGACUAUAUCAGAUUUAAUCCAUAUUUAAUGUUUCUUAAUUAUUUGUUUUGAUAAAAACCAAGCUAAAAAGGGAAACUAUGAAAUCAGAAAUCCUUAAUUAAAGAAGUUUUUUAUUUCAAUGAUGGUACCAACAAAAUUAAAUGAUUGCAUGGUAUACUUUGUAAAGUUUAGCAUCUGCCACAUUUUAUAGCAGUAAACUGUUAUUUGAAGCAUGUACUUAUAUAGGGUUUUGAUAAUUUAAUGUAUACAUAAUUAUUUAUAUUGCCUGAAAAGGCAUAGAAUGACAUUGACAUUUUCUUUUUACAAAUACAAGAGUAUGAUACAAAGAAAAACAAUGCUUUUGCAUACAUAUAGAAAUGUCCAAACAAAUAGAAUUGGCAACUGAAAGUGGUAAAAUGAUUUUAAAUCAUAGCAGAGCAUCUUUAAAUGAUCAUUGUUUUCUAAAGGAAUGUAUGUUCCAACUUUGUUUAUUACCUUUUGAUGUAAGAUUUUGUACAUGAUCAAAACUAUAAUUUGUUAUUCAUCUUCAUUAACUGCUUGUUAACUUGAUAUACUACACUAUAUUGUCUAUAAUAAAGUAUUAUAAUUUUCAUAUUUAUUUGUAAUCUUUGCCUGUAAUAAAAAAAAAUCACCAUUGUU